CCUCCUUCCUCCCCCCCCCCUCCCCCGCCGGCCUCCCCUCCCCUGUGAGAGGGGAGGGAGGGCCAAGAUGGCGGCCGGCAGUUAGAGAGCGGCGGGGCCGGCGGCGGGCACUGCGGGGAGCGGCCGCGGCGGGACCGGGAGCGAGACGCGAGCGAAGAUGGUGGAGCCAGGACAAGAUCUGUUGCUUGCUGCUUUGAGUGAGAGUGGAAUCAGUCCAAAUGAUCUAUUUGAUAUUGACUCUCCGGACGUGGUUCUUGCAAAUCCAGCUCCAACUCCAGCUGUUCAGCAGUCAGUGCCACUUAGUGCAUUAGAGCUAGGCUUGGAAACCGAGGCCACAGCUGCUGUGAAACAAGAACCAGAGACAGUAUCAACUCCAGCCUUAUUAAAUGUUCGGCAACCACCAUCCACCACAACCUUUGUGCUGAAUCAAAUAAAUCAGCUUCCAACUUUGGGGACUACAAUAGUGAUGACAAAAACAACACCUGUUACAACCACAAGGCAGACUAUUACUGUAGCAAAAAUCAUUCAGACCAGCACGACUACUCGACCCUCAGUUGCAGCACCAGCAGUACGGAAUGCCUUGACCACUGCACCAUCGAAGGACCAGAUUCAGCUGAAAGAUCUUCUGAAGAAUAAUAGUCUUAAUGAACUAAUGAAAUUGAAGCCACCUCCUAACAUUGCCCAACCAGUGGCAACAGCAGCAAACAUAAUUGUAGUUCCUAAGGUGGUAAAUGCCACCAGACCAGCUGAUCUAAGCAAUGGUGCAGUGAAGAAGGAGGCUUCCACAAAAGAGGUAGCAAGAAUAUGGAUAAACGAUAUUAAAAUGAGGAGUUUUUCACCAACUAUGAAAGUGCCAGCAGUAAAAGAGGAGGAGGAACCUGAGGAAGAAGAUGAAGAAGAAAUGGGCCAUGCAGAAACUUACGCUGAGUAUAUGCCAAUAAAAUUAAAAAUUGGUCUACGUCAUCCUGACCCGGUAGUGGAAACCAGCUCCUUAUCCAGUGUAACUCCUCCUGAUGUGUGGUACCAGACAUCGAUAUCAGAAGAAACAAUUGAUAAUGGCUGGCUGUCAGCUUUGCAACUUGAAGCGAUCACUUAUGCAGCCCAGCAACAUGAAACAUUCCUGCCCAAUGGAGACAGAGCUGGAUUCUUGAUAGGUGAUGGUGCUGGUGUAGGAAAAGGAAGGACCAUAGCUGGGAUAAUCUAUGAAAAUUACUUGUUAGGCAGAAAAAGAGCAGUCUGGUUUAGCGUGUCGAAUGAUCUGAAAUACGAUGCUGAAAGAGACUUGAGAGAUAUUGGAGCAAAAAACAUUUUGGUUCAUUCAUUAAACAAGUUCAAGUAUGGGAAGAUUUCUUCCAAACACAAUGGAAGCGUGAAGAAGGGUGUCAUUUUUGCCACAUAUUCCUCUCUUAUUGGUGAAAGUCAGUCUGGUGGUAAAUACAAGACCAGAUUAAAGCAGCUUCUUCACUGGUGUGGUGAAGACUUUGAUGGAGUUAUUGUAUUUGAUGAGUGUCAUAAAGCCAAGAAUCUGUGUCCUGUUGGUUCAUCAAAACCGACAAAAACAGGUCUGGCUGUACUGGAACUUCAAAAUAAACUUCCAAAAGCUAGGGUUGUUUAUGCUAGUGCCACAGGUGCAUCUGAGCCAAGAAAUAUGGCAUACAUGAACCGUCUUGGAAUAUGGGGUGAAGGAACUCCAUUUAGGGAAUUCAGUGACUUUAUUCAGGCUGUCGAAAGAAGAGGUGUUGGUGCCAUGGAAAUAGUUGCUAUGGAUAUGAAACUGAGAGGAAUGUACAUAGCUAGACAGUUGAGUUUUUCAGGUGUAACUUUCAAAAUUGAUGAAGUUCUGCUUUCACAGGAAUAUGUUAAAAUGUACAAUAAAUCUGUGAAACUGUGGGUCUGUGCUAGAGAAAGAUUUCAACAAGCAGCUGAUCUUAUUGAUGCAGAACAACGAAUGAAAAAGUCUAUGUGGGGUCAAUUUUGGUCAGCUCAUCAGAGGUUUUUCAAGUACCUUUGCAUAGCAUCUAAAGUGAAGAGGGUGGUGCAGCUGGCUCGGGAAGAAAUCAAGAAUGGGAAAUGUGUUGUUAUUGGCCUGCAGUCAACAGGAGAAGCAAGGACGCUAGAAGCUUUGGAGGAAGGUGGUGGUGAACUGAAUGACUUUGUUUCUACAGCAAAAGGAGUAUUCCAGUCUCUUAUUGAAAAGCACUUUCCAGCUCCUGACAGGAAGAAACUGUUUAGCUUGUUGGGAAUUGACUUGACUGCUCAAAGCAACAACAAUUCACCCAGAGACAGCCCUUGCAAGGAGAACAAAAUAAAGAAGCGGAAAGGUGAAGAAGUAAGCAGAGAAGCCAAAAAAGCUCGUAAAACAGGUGGCCUUGCGGGUAGCAGCUCUGAUGAGAGUGAAAGUGAAUCUGAUGCUUCAGACAAUGAAGAAAGUGACAAUGAGAGCCUCAGAUAUAUGAGUUCUGGAGAUGAUGAUGACUUCAACCCAUUCAGAGAUGAAUCCAGUGAAGAUGACGAAGACGAUCCCUGGCUAAUUAGAAAAGAGCAUAAAAAAAAUAAAGACAAGAAAAAGAAGAAAAGUAUAGACCCGGAUUCUAUUCAAAGUGCCUUAUUAGCUUCUGGUCUUGGCUCAAAACGACCUAGCUGUUUUACUUCCAGUGUUGGUACCACUACUUCUAGCACCAACACAUCAGCAAACAGUAACACAAACAGCAGCUUUGUAACAAGUCAGGAUGCUGUUGAAAGGGCCCAACAAAUGAAGAAAGAACUGCUUGAUAAACUGGAAAAGCUGGCUGAAGAUCUUCCACCUAAUACACUGGAUGAGCUUAUAGAUGAACUGGGUGGUCCUGAAAAUGUUGCAGAGAUGACAGGCCGCAAAGGGAGAGUUGUGAGCAAUGAUGAUGGCAGCAUAUCUUAUGAGUCAAGAUCUGAACUUGAUGUGCCUGUUGAAAUUCUGAACAUCACAGAAAAGCAGAGGUUCAUGGAUGGAGAUAAGAACAUUGCCAUAAUCUCAGAGGCUGCCAGCUCUGGUAUCUCAUUGCAAGCAGACCGUAGAGCUAAGAAUCAGAGGCGGAGAGUUCACAUGACUCUGGAGUUGCCAUGGAGUGCGGAUAGAGCAAUACAGCAGUUUGGAAGAACUCACAGGUCCAAUCAAGUGACUGCUCCAGAGUAUGUAUUCCUAAUUUCUGAGUUGGCUGGAGAGCAAAGAUUUGCAUCCAUAGUUGCAAAAAGACUGGAAAGCUUGGGAGCCCUCACCCACGGUGACAGACGGGCUACAGAAACUCGAGACCUCAGCAGAUUCAAUUUUGACAACAAGUAUGGCAGGAAUGCUUUAGAGAUUGUUAUGAAAUCCAUUGUGAAUUUAGACUCCCCAAUGGUCUCUCCACCACCUGAUUUUCCUGGAGACUUUUUCAAAGAUGUUCGUCAAGGAUUGAUUGGUGUGGGCUUGAUAAAUGUAGAAGACAGAUCUGGAAUUCUAACACUUGAUAAAGAUUAUAACAACAUAGGAAAAUUUCUGAAUAGAAUUCUUGGUAUGGAAGUACAUCAGCAGAAUGCUUUAUUCCAGUACUUUUCUGACACGUUAAAUGCUGUUAUUCAAAAUGCUAAGAAGAAUGGAAGAUAUGAUAUGGGCAUCUUAGAUCUGGGCUCUGGGGAUGAGAAAGUAAGGAAGGCAGAUGUUAAGAAGUUUUUAACUCCCGGAUAUUCUACCUCUGGACAUGUAGAAUUAUACACAAUCAGCGUAGAGAGAGGAAUGUCUUGGGAUGAAGCAACUAAGCUCUGGGCAGAACAAACAGGUCCGGACGAUGGGUUUUAUUUAUCACUACAGAUAAGAAAUAACAAGAAAACCGCUAUUCUCGUGAAGGAAGUGAAUCCUAAAAAGAAGCUUUUUUUAGUAUACAGACCAAAUACUGGGAAACAGCUCAAACUAGAAACAUGUGCAGACCUGAAAAAGAAAUAUAAGAAGGUACCUUCUGAAGAUGCUUUACCACACUGGUUAGAGCAGUACAAUUCUUCUGCAGACACCUGCACACAUGCGUAUUGGAGAGGCAAUUGUAAGAAGGCAGGCUUGGGAUUAGUUUGUGAAGUGGGACUCCGCUGUCGAACUUACUAUGUCUUGUGUGGUUCAGUAUUGAGCGUCUGGACAAAAGUAGAAGGCGUUCUAGCCUCUGUGAGUGGUACAAAUGUGAAAAUGCAAAUAGUUCGUCUAAGAACAGAAGACGGUCAGAGGAUCGUAGGCUUGAUCAUUCCUGCAAAUUGUGUAUCGCCCCUUGUAAACCUCCUGUCGACGUCAGACCAGUCUCAACAGCUUGCAGUACAACAGCAGCAGAUAUGGCAGCAGCAUCACCCACAAAGCAUCACCAAUUUCAACAAUGCAUAAGAGGACAAACUACAGGUGUUGAUUUUGGUGUUUGAGGAAAAGGCUGUAAAAGCAUAUCACUUGCAUAAAAAUCAGGGACAGAUUCCAAAGAAAUAUAACUUUUUCAGUUCAGUUGUGUGCUCUCAAAUACUUUGGGAAAUAAAGAGAUCUAAAAAGGUUGGUAGAACUGAAAGCCAGCAGUUGUUCAUGGUGGUGCAUCUGUCUUUCCUUAUGCUCUCUGUAGUGCUUCCUGUUUGCUUUUACUUUUGGCCUUUUAAGCUACAAACCACAAUUUGUUUGAAAAUGCUUGAAAGUCCCCAAGCAGGCUUUAUUUUUAUCUUGUCAUACAGUGCUCAGGGUUUAACGCAGUGCAUCAAUGCCAUUGCUGUGGGAGAUAUCCUUGAAUGCAUGUAUUGAGUAUAUAUAUAGAAAAUAUAUAUUGGGUUUUUCUCUUCAAUUUAUAAGUUUAUAAAAGCAUGAAACCUAGAGGUUGCACAUCAUGCAUUCAGGUUCCUUCCCAGUUUCUGUUUGACAGUGCAUGUCUUUGGAAACGGGCAUGGACAGGAUAAAUACACGAGACAGGAAUUCAGAGAGAAACACAAUCUUAGUUGUACAGCAUUGGUUAUUGCAUUUUUAUAGUGUUUAUACCCAGGUGUUGCAUUUUUUCUGGUUCUCUCCUGGGGGUUAUAUAUUUGAGUCUACAACAUGUUCUUUUUGUGAUAAACAUCUUAAAUUAAAAUUAGUUCAUUUUUAAUGUAUUAAUGGUAUUCCUAAUGUGUACUGCAAAGAUGGCUGGAUGCCUAUUUUUCCUUAAAUUGAAGCAUUUCCUUAAUCCGAGGUGGUUAUGGAAACUUAAGUGCAAAUUCACUUCCAUCUCGCAUACAAUCUUAUAUUUUUUACUUCAUUAAUGUAAUUUAAUUUGUCACUUGUAAGAUGAAACCUUACUUGAGCUGUAAAUUAGAGAAUGGGAAACACUUGAGGGUUCCGCUGUAUGUGCUGUUUCUGUUACCCAGUAACUUGAAUACUGUUUAAUAUGUUGUAAGACAUUGUAGAGUUUAUCUGGAGCUGUUUAAAAGAAAUUGUAAUGUACAAAUGUGAAUAGUCACUUAUCUAUAAUAUGGGUAAGUUUUGUUUUGCCUAUAAUAGUAGAUGUUUAUAAGAAAGUGAAGGACAAUGUUUGUCAUUUCUUGCUUGCACAGGUUGCACUAUUGAAAAAUUGAGAUUGUAUAAACCUGUCCAAAAAAACUACAAGAUAAUGAUCUUGUAGAUGUCAAAUAAAAGUUAUUGUACUAACAAGAAGUGGAGUCUUGUUUAGGCAAUCACUGUAUUCCAAAAAAAAAAAAAAAAAAAAAAAACAACUAACAAGUCUUUACAAUUGGAAUUUACAGGACUUGGCAUGUUCUGGUCUGCUUUAACCAGGCUUCUGUCUUGCAGUCCAAAUAUUUCAGUUGAACUCAUUAGAGAGGCAAGAAGUAAACUGUAUUUAGACCUUGAUGCAGAUUUUAAAUAAGGGUCUCCUGCCAGAGCAGCAAUUUAUCGUAGCAUGUCACUUUGUAAACCUUCAGGGAGCCAGAUUCAAGUGUCUCAGUUUUUCCAUAAGUAAUGGGGCCAGAAGUUCCAUCACUGAAUUCAGGCUGAAGUGAGCUCCCUUGCAUGGAUUAUUUCACUUGAGGCUCUGUUAGUGCUACCAGUGCCAGCAUCCCCGUGCAGUAACGGUGCACGUGCUUGUUGUGGAAGGCAGUCACCUGCUCUCCUCUCGGCCUGCUCUCCUCAACUCCACAACCUGAAAUGGUCGGAACACAGUUCUGACAAACUGGAAAUACAGAUCCAGGAUAAAUUGGCAUGCAUGAUAUUGCUCUAGCACCUGCUACAUCUCUGUAAAGUACUUGUAAUGCAGGUGGUAGGUGUGUCUUGAGGUUUUUUUAAUCCUCUGGUAGAGAAGGGAAGCUUGCCUGAAUGCUGUGAUAUCAGGAGAAGCUGAUUAUGCAUUGGAAAACUCAAGACCACAGACAGGGUGUGGGGGAGGAUGUUCAUGUGCUAUGUACCCACCAUUGGAUGUAUUUGGCAUCCACUCCAGGAAAAGCAAUGGGAUUUUGAGAAGUAUGUUGACAGAUUACUAUUGCAACAGAUAGUGAACCAAAUUGCUAGUAACAGCAAGCUGUGUAUGUGGACUUCAGUUGUUUUUUAAUCAGUGUAGAAAUAACUUCUGUUCUGAGGGUGACAUGGUAUUUUCCAUCUUAAUCCUCAGUAAAAUGGAGUAGUAAAUACACGAGAUGUCCCUGCUGGUAGCGGCAGGGUGGAUUAGAUCUUUAAAGGCCACUUCCAACCCAAACCGUUCACACCCUCUUAAAUUUCCUGUAGACUUGUGUUACCUGGAGGAAAAAAUUAUACCAUACUAAAAGAGCUGUAAGAUUUGUUCCUAUUCCAGUACUGGGUUCCCCCUACUUGCUCUUCUUUGCAUGUUCUCUACCCACUUGCCACUCUCAGUUCCUUGGCUCUGUCAUUCUGUUACUAACACAGCUGCAUCCACAGCUCCAGAGUGUUGCAACAUCUGAAAGGUUAACUUUCCAAAGAAGGAAAGUUAGUCUUCAAGCUACAGAAAUAUACUCUCAAAAAUUCCUGCUAGAUCUUUUUAAUUAUUAUUAUUUGGUAAUACAUCCUUGUAUUAACUGCUGGUAACACUUGGGGAAGAAAAGGACUAUGAAUAGCACUAUGGAUGAGAUAAGGACAGGGACGUGUUAAUAUCUUGCAGCACUGCCUGUCAGAAAAACAUCCUCAAAGGGAGGAAAAAGGAGAGACCAAUUGUUACAUCGUAUAAAUAUAAGGCUAGAACUGUAUCUAUAUUUCUGUUACUUCUGGAACAACAGAACUGUUUCACAAAAAUCAGCAUCUGAAAUGGAUGUUAAAUUUAUAAAGGAUAGAUGCCUCUGAUAACAGAGGCAAGCCUAAAUGUAAGAUGCUGGUGGAAAUUCCUGUACUGGAUGAGUUCCGGAAGCACGCUGUAGAAGGGGAGGAUAUUUCUUUAAGCUGACUUGAGAAAUGAAGGGAUAAAAAACUUGGGUUUUCUUUUCUUAAAAUGUCCCUUGACAGCUACUGAAUAUUGACUUGUUAACUAGUUUCAUACUUAAGAUGUGUCUGACACAGCAAAUGCAGUUAUAACCCCCUAAAACCCACUCUGCACAGCAAGUUUUCGGAUUUUUUCCAAUUUCUGUGUGGUGUGUUAGGAAUAUACACCUCUCGUAAGGACUUAAAGUUCCCCAAAGAUGCUAGUUGUCUACUCAAUGUGUGGUAUUUUCUUUGUAAAUUAAGAAAGCUCUGCAACCUGUAAACAUUUGUCAAGUGAAUUAUCAAGGGGUUUUUGUAUUUUUCAGUUGCGUUUGGAAUAAGCUUCGUUCAGAUCCUAUUGCAGUCUGUACAUAUAUAGAAAGAAUAUGUAUGUAUAUAGAGAUGUUAAAGGCUACUGAAUUAAUGAAUGUAAAUAACUCUUGUUUUCCUUUGUGUGUUUUUUUCUUCAUGACCUUCCCAAGAUGUAUUCCUAUUUUCUCAACUUGCCAAAUAGGCAAUUUGUGUGUACUUUGAAAUAUAUAUAGCAUAUAUAAAACUUCCAAGGGAUGUCUGCAUACAU